GAAGGUUUUGGAAUUUUCGUUCACUUCCGGGUUGUGGAACUGGGCGUCGUGUCACCAAACAGAUUUUCCUGAUUUCUUCAUUUAAUCCAAAAAUCAUCUUUUUUUCUGUACAUUCACGAUAUUUUUCAAAACAAACUGAUGUGAUCUGCCUGUGGUAGAGAGAUCUCCUUGCUGCCUCGCUGCUUUGGUUUACAAGAGAACGCCUGUUGACCAUGGCGCUCAUUGAGGGAGUGGAUGAUGAGAUCACGCUCAUCGUGGCGGUUCUCGUUAUCGCUGUAACGCUCACCGCAGCCUGGUUCUCUACGUACGUCGCCGAGCGACCCAUCCCCACCGAACGGGUCGGCCAUCUCCAGACCCUACACGAGAGGAUACAGGGCGUCGUCGGGGAAACCGCUGCCGUGGCAACGGAAGGGAGGACUAGCGAUGUUGAAAGCCUGCCCCUGAGGGGAGAGAAUGUGGGUGGGCACGUGGAGCCGCCCGAACCCCCACCCCAGGGGAGCGUGGAGAACAUACAAGCAGAAGAGCAGCCUGGGAAUUCUACGUCUGACCCUUCCCAGGAUGCAGUGGAAGUAAACUCACAGGAGAGCAGCGACAAAUCCCAUGAUGCCUUGCAAGGGUCCUCCGAUUCUGAACCAGUGCAAUCCAGUAAUAGUCCCACAGAUCAUUCCCAGAGUUCCGAGCCCCCCAGUGAAACACAAUCCCCCACGGAAGAUGAAAAGACUUGUGAGAACUCAAAUUCUCCCACAAAAACAACACCCCAAAAGAAGGGUGACUCUAAGUCGGCGGCUGGUCCCAGCGUCUGUACCCGCACCAGUAGUGAGUCAGGGUCAUCCAUGGGUCAUGACCCUCUACUGGGGGCGGGGGUCAGAGGUCAGGAGCAGAUUGAACCGGGGGAGGGGGAAAUCGCCAUCCGACUAAAAUUCCUCAACGACCAGGAACGGGUCGUGUACGCCAAACCAGAGGAGACAAUAUCGGAGUUCAGACGGCGUUUCUUUCACGAGGAGGUGCAGGCCGACCAUCUGGUCCGCUUCAUCUACCACGGGCAGGUCCUAGUCGAGAACCACACGCUGUCGUCCUACGGGCUCAACAACAACUGUGUGGUUCACUGCCAGGUAACGCACGAGAGCUCUCCUUCCCAGAGCACCGUGGAACUCCUGCCCGAGACGGAAGCGUUGGACGUCGGGAACUUUGUCGCGCCGCUUUUCGGACUAAUCGUAUCACUGGUAUGGUACGUGAAGCUUCAGUACCCCCAUCUGUUCAACCCGACGACGAGCAUAGCCCUGGCGGCAGUGACCUUGCUGUUCCUCUUGGGGGUCAUAGCCUUGUACCGCACAGACAGGGAUGAAGUUCAAGGGUCAAGAGGUCAUGGGGGUGAAAGGUUACAGCCUGUGAAUGGCCACGAGUAACAAACAAAUAUCGUUUUGACUUCAUCCACAAGAAAUAGAAUUUAUCGCCGGUUAUAAUCUUCUCAAGAGUGGAAUCCUAUAGUUAGUGGUAUAAAGAGACAAACACAAGUUAUUGUGAUCAUUUUAGUUAAAUCUUUAAAGAAGAGGAUUGAGGAAGAAUAUAUGGAUGUUAUUUAUUUCUUGAUGAGCUGAAUUCACUCAUAAUACGAUGAUUUGUUAGAUUUAACGAUAAGAUAAUCUGUUUGUUCAAUCCGUUGUGAAAUUCUGUCAGACUUUUGUCUGAUUAGCAUUCUGUUUCUAGUUGUCAGUGUAAAUUUAAGAUUGUCUCACUUACAUGAGGAAUUACAUUCAGACAAUCAAAGAUGUAGUUUAUCCUACAUGAUAUAAUGAUAUCUUUAUGGGAGUGGUUGCACUGUUUUAUGGAUAAUUUGCCAUAUUUCUGUAUCUGUCCUUCCUUGCAACACACAAGCUUUGCAGGCACAUAUGGAGACAGCUGGUUACAUCAAAUUUAACAACUACAAGUCCAUAACAUUGAACACUUCACUCCAGGCUUUUAUACAGCAUUUUACUGAGGAUGUCCCUACUGUACUUGGUAACAGUAAGUUGUGAUACAUUGUAUUUCUGAAGCAAGCUACAUAAUUACAGAUUCUAGAUGUUAUAAGUUAUGUAUGUUUGGUAAUGUAAAAAUUGAUACAUGGACUAUAAGAAUUUUGGGAACUUUGAUUGCCCACUCUAAUAACAUUUGUGCACCUAUAACUUAUUCAUGAGGGAUAUUCCAUACAAAAUGUGUUAAUUUCAUUUCUCAUUUAAGGUUUAUUUGUUACAGGAUCACAGCUCAAAGAUAAACAUACACAUAAUUAGAGAAAGAACAUUUCUAUUGAAAGAUAUUUCUCGCAGAUAACAAAGUUGCUAAACAUGACUGAAUAAGAAGCUAAAGGUUAGAUUUUCUAACUUAGUUCAGGUGUAACAGAUCAGACUGUACCCUUGGCUAAUAUGUCCCCGGGUACAUUAUAUCCAGGGGUAUAUUCUGUCCUGUGACAGCUGUAUUGAACUGAUAUGCACUGGUGAACCAGUAUGAAGUCCAAGCGGUUAGGUUUCUUGGACUUAGUUGAUGAUUCAAUGGCCUGAUGUACAAUAAUAAUGAUAAGAACUGUUUCAGCACCCAGCCUCAUGUACAUUGCUGUUGCCAGUUCGGAAUAAAGUAUGUUUUUUCCUAA